UUCGAUUGUCUAUAUGAUAACGAAGGUAGACAAAUAUAAGUCUAAAAGUUAAUAUGAGAACAACUUCUAUUUUUUGUAUAUACAUAAAUUUAUAUGUAUAAUAGCAAAUCUACAUCAGUAUUCAGUAAUCAAUAGCCAUUUUUUAAUAAUUGUUCGUAUGAAUGGGAAGUACAACCUCAACCGUUAAAAAAGUUAUUUAUCUGAUAUCGUGCUGUGUUGCUGUACUUUGUGACAUCACUUUCAGACUUUCUUCGGCGGAAACACACGGACCACGGUACAGAUUGUGAUUUUUUUUUUUAAACCAAGAGAAUCGUUUGAAAAAUAUUAUAAUCAAUAUACAUUUUUUUCCAACCAAAUACGAAACAGCAAUGAGUGAAAAGCGUAGUGUCAUGUUUGUGUGUUUGGGUAACAUUUGUCGAUCUCCAAUGGCUGAAGCAGUGUUUAAUGAAGUGGCUAUGCAAAAAGGUGUAGCCGACAAGUGGUAUGCCGAAAGUUCUGGUACCGGUGGAUGGCAUGUAGGGUGUUCGCCAGAUCAACGAACAAUGACUGUACUAAGAAAUAAUGGUAUAAAAUACAAGCAUUCAGCACAACAGUUUAACUUGGAUGACUUGAACAAGUUCGAUUUUGUUUUUGGAAUGGAUAAGAGUAACGUGGACUUUAUUAAUCGAAAGAAACCAUCAGACAAUACAAAAGCACAAAUAUUAUUGUUAGGGUCAUUUGAUCCAGAAGCAGAAAUCACUGGAAAAACCAAUAUAGAAGACCCAUAUUUUGAUUCUGAUCUUCGAGGAUUUGAAAAAUGUUUUCAACAAUGUAUGAGAUCAUGUCAAGCAUUUCUAGACCAAUAUCAAUAAAAAAAAAAUAUAACUUUUAUUAAAUAAUAACAACUAUAAAUAAUAAACAUUGAAACAAAAUGGUUUUUUUAAGCUUAUUGAUAAUUAUUGAAUAUAAUAAUAUGCAUGAAUA